AUGGUCAUCACGGUGCCGGGCAUCGAAGUGGUCGAGGACGACAAGGAUGCAAAGGCCACCAACCGCAAGCCGAACAAGCGAAAGGUCCCCAAGGACUUCGAGGAGGCUCCGGACGAGGAUGCCAAGACGACCGAGAAGGACAAGAAGGGCAAGACCGAGAAGGACAAUAAGAAGGAACCCGCCAAACCCAAGGCGAAGGCCAAGGCAAAGCAGGAGGGCUCGGUCAAGGAGGCAGAGACCGCCGCCAGGACGGUGGUGCUGCAGAUCCAACGUGCUUCGCAGACCGUGGAGAGGUUGCAAGCGGCCCUGCAUGGCGAGCAGCGGGCAGCCCCGCUGAUGAAGGAGUUUGACUCCCUGCAGGCGGCCUUGAAGAUGCAGGUCACGCCCACGGACGGGGACGACCUCGGCGAGUUCGUGAGCGAGCUGAAGAUUGCUGUGUUUUCGGGGACCGGUGCCAGCAGCACCAAGACCUUGAAGAAGGACUACAAGGAUCGCUACCUCCCGCUGCUCACCAUGUUCAAAGAUCGAUGCCAAGGUGCUGCCCAGCAGAUGCUGGACCUCGCCAACAAGAUGGACAACAUGUUCAAAGCCGUUUCGAUGGAGGUCCUCUUCUGUCUCACACACCUUCUCGUUCCACUUGCUCUGGAACUCUCGACUUUCUUCCAGAAACAACUGUGUCUCGUCGAGAUCAACAUACUCAUCUCCAUGCUCUUCAGGAUCUUCGCUCUUGGCGAAUCUUCGAAUGUGGUAUUCUACUCGUGCCGCGCUUCCUCGUGCUUCGUCUCCAAGUCUCGGCACCUUUUCAACUCUUUCUUCUACCUCUCCAGUUCCUUCGUCUACUCUUGGUUCUUUCUUUGGUGUACCUGUGACCUCCAUUGGCACUCCUUCUUGUGCCAGUUCUCUUUCAAGCUCUUCCAAAUUCGUGAGCAACCCAUAGAAGAUGAGGGUUCAGGGCCGACGCCGGACCAGGUGCUUGCAGGCCAGCAGCUACGAAUGUUCUUGCUUGAUAGGUUUUGCACAGGAUCCUUACCUGGAUCGGAUGUGGCAGAAUUGUGUCACUAUGUGACACAAGCUGGAGGUACUGGUGUGGCUACAAGGGCCCUGAAUCCCGAGCAAGCCGCUCGUCACGGGUUUGAGCAUAUCAAAUUACAUGCUGGGAAAGAAUAUCCUGAACCGGAUCUUGACUACGUGACUGUGCCUUUGUUCGAGAAACAGCAGUCUCGACGAGUGGCAGAAAAAGUGCCCAUCAUGCUUCCUUCGACACUCUUUAGAAAGUUCGUGGAGGUGCCCUCGGUACAAAGCAAGGACGAAAUCAACUUCCGAAAGAUGCUUCAUAAUUUGCCCUGCUACGACAAUCACCCUGUUGUUCAAAGGGCCCGAGCUGCUGGAAACACGGAACUUGUCCGGCCCAUCGCUCUUUACUGGGAUGGGGUCCGCUACUCGGUGCACGAUUCUUUCACUGGCUUCUACGUGACUGAUAUCUUAUCCGAGCAGAAGUUCGUUCUGAAGACAUGUGCCGCUGGCUGUCGCGGCUGGUGCAGCAUCUUCCCGCUGCUGGAUGCCUGGGUGAAAGAUCUGGAGAAGCUGCAAGCAUCGCUGAAGUAUUGUGUGCUUGACAUCCAGUGCGAUUGGCCGGCUUAUUUGGAAAUCAUAGGGGGCAGAUUCUGGAAUCACAACAGCCACCCGUGUGCCCUUUGCCGUAUUUCGCAAGAUGACAUGACUGCCGACAAUGUGCACAGCAUUACCCUGGACAAUGUGGGCCACUUGGUGUACUCGUCGGAAGACUACAACAACGACAUCGGCAUGUUCACCAAGGAAAUUCUUGUGGAUACGGCGGAGAUGCUGCGAACGAUUGCCAGAAAUCUUGAAUACAGCCGACUAGAUCGUGGACGACAUCUCACUGCAGACUUGCCCCGCUACGGCCUCCGCAAGAACUGGAGACUCGAGCCCAGCCGCCGGCUUCCAGAUGUCAGCCAGCUGGAAUACCAAGAGCUUCCUCUGAGGGUGAUUUUUUGGAUUGUCUGGAACUUGACUAUGGGCAUGAUUGGAAAUGAGGAUACCUACAACUUGUCGGCAAAAGCAGCUGAGUCGCACGGUCUUCUUAGAUUCGUCCUCUGGCUGCUGCACAAGUACGCCGAUGAAUUCGCCAAGCAGCCGGAUGAGCUGGCUCGCAAGUUCGCACUCUUGACGGCUUCAGCUGAGUCGCACGGUCUUCUUAGAUUCGUCCUCUGGCUGCUGCACAAGUACGCCGAUGAAUUCGCCAAGCAGCCGGAUGAGCUGGCUCGCAAGUUCGCACUCUUGACGGCUUGUGCAGAAGCUGCCCAUGCCAUGGACGAGCUGCUGGAGUUGGAAUUCCGACAGUUCACUCGACAACAUUGCCAGGCCCUGCUGCAGCUGUACCUACGCUUUUUAACGCUUUACUUGAAAGCGGGCGGUGUAUGGAGGCCGAAAUGUCAUCUUCUUGUGCACAUGAUUCAGCGGGCUCUUCACCGAGGGAAUCCGCGAUUGUACUCCACCUAUCGUGACGAAAGCUUGAAUGGGGUCAUAGCCAAGAUUGCUCGUUCUGCUCAUCGCAGCACUUGGUCGAAUGUGAUUCACUGGAAAUGCAACUUUCUUCAGCAAAAGAAGCUGGAGGAUCAUGCUGCAGAGGGCGAGUGCAAAAAAAGGCCGUCUCGCAGUCCGAAGCAAAACCCCGGAGCCCAGAACCACUAA